AACACGGUGAGGAAACGACGGAGUACGGACCUGAUGACCCGAUGAAGAAGCCCCCCGCCCAGCUCUCCUCUGAGUCACACAAACGAUUCUUUUGUUUCAGACAUCAUCAGUGAUCGGAAAACACAAGACGAUGAGCAGCUGCCGUGAUAAUAAUAAUAAUAUUAGCAGUUUGGAGUCGGAAUACAUUAAAAAACAUCACAGGCACGAGAAUAUUGCCGAUAAUCAAUGCACCUCCGUUCUGCUCAAACACAUCAAGGCCCCUGUUCAUCUCGUUUGGUCAUUGGUAAGGAGGUUUGAUGAGCCGCAAAAGUAUAAGCCAUUUGUGAGCAGGUGUGUUGCUCAGGGCAAUCUUGAGAUUGGUAGUCUUAGAGAGGUUGAUGUUAAGUCUGGUCUUCCUGCUACUACCAGUACCGAGAGGUUGGAACUCCUUGAUGAUGAUCAGCAUAUCUUUAGCAUUCGGAUUAUUGGUGGUGAUCACAGACUCAGGAACUACUCAUCGAUUAUCUCAGUCCACCCAGAAAUUAUUGAAGGGCGUCCAGGGACACUAGUGGUGGAAUCAUUUGUGGUUGAUGUGCCAGAAGGGAAUACCAAGGAUGAAACAUGCUACUUUGUUCAAGCAUUGAUCAAGUGCAAUCUAAAAUCUCUUGCUGACGUGUCUGAACGGCUUGCAGUCCAAGACAGGACUGAGCCCAUUGACCGAAUGUAGAUGUGAGACCACGGAUGAAGCUUCUUUUAAGGCUGUUGGCUUUUGGUAACGAACUGGUACCAGCUGUUCCUCCACUUGUGUUUUAUGUCAUUAGUUUCGGUGUCAUGUUGGACUGUCUGUCUCUAGACUCAAAAACCACAGCUGUAUAAGAUUCAAAUGCUAAAUGGUAAAGUCAAUCGAUGCAAAAAAAAAAAAAAAAAAAAAAAAAAAAAAAGAUUUUGUUUUCGAGGUUUCAGCUUCGCUGGUCUAGUUGUGAAUAAAUAUGGUGAAAACAAGUAUCAUAUGUAUUUACUUAUGUAUUUACCAUAUUUUUUUAGUCU